CUAUAAGCUGAUAAAAUAUAUAUUUCUAUUGUUAAUGCAGGCGAGGGUAUCAGCAUUAAGAAUUUAGAAGGAACAAUAAAUAUGAAUCUAGGAUCAAAGUGUAAGAGAGGAAAGUGUUGGUACCGGGAUGAACUACUACAACGAUACAGCCAAGAUGGUGUAACAACUAUAGCAAGGGAAAAUGGGGACAUAAUUUGUCAGUCAAAUCAUCUUACAGCUUUUACAGCUGAAAGUGAGCCUGAGCCGUUUAAAGGAUUAAAUCUUCCUUACGUGAUAUCGUUAUGUGUAGGAGGAAUACUACUCUUGGUAUCUCUAGUGAUUCUCGUGAAGCUGUGGCUGGUAACAAAACAUCGAGCCAAUGCCGUUGAAGAUGAAAAAGAGUUUGCACUGGAUGAUGUACCAAUGAAUAAAGACAACUCUCCUUCAUUCAAAAAGCGCUAAUAACUUUGAAACUAUUUUGUUAUUUAGAUGCGUUUUUUUUCUGAGUGAUCAUCUGUUAUUAUUUUAAGGAUUAUUCUCUUAAUAUAACAUGUAACAACCAAGUGCUCGUUCAAAGGAGCAAAGAACACAUUAUCACUUAAAUGGUUCUCCUACGUGUACAAAAGUAACAGUUGGCAUAACAACGACCGGUUGCUAUAGAAACAUAACAUAAUUCAUAUGGUUGUCGUUUGUUCUGUGAUACUCAAAAACCUGCAAACUAGCUUUCAUUUAAAUAUUUUUUAACGGAACUUAGAACUUGGAACGGAGCUUAGACAAUACUUGCUCAUAUGCUUCUUAUACAAAAUUAUAUAGUGUGCUCAGAUUACUUUCCUUUACACUAUUAUAGUGAAGUUUACUGUUUCUUAAAUGUAUAAUUUACCUCGAGUUGAAAAUAAAACAAACAAUAAAAAUGUAGUUAAUGCAGCGAGAAUUCCAUAUCUAACAAAUUUGAUGAAGACUGGGUAAACUUAAGAUAGUUAUAAACAUGCCAUCAAUUCGUAACAAUUUGAAAUAUAGAAAAUCGUACUAUGUGAUUUUUUUAAAAGUAUCCAAAAGGUAUAAUUUUACAUAAUUUAUGAUAUAUUUGAUGAUAUAUGUUUAAUGUUAUUUAUUAACAAUUUACACAAUGAAAUUUGAAUACAAGCAAAACAUUCGGUAUGUGUGGAGAGAUAGAAGAAACGUUUCUUAUAAUCAUUUUUCAAUGUUUAAAACAUGUUAGAUGUUGUGUUGAUUUUAUAAUGUUUUAUAGUGUAUGCGUCAAUAGAACAUUUCAUUUAUGUUAGUCAAAACGAUGACAACUACUAAAGUUGUCUAAUAUGAAAGUGUUUUCAUUGAUAAUUUAUUUUUAUACUUCUAACUGUUAUCAUAAAGUGUUUUCCGUCAUUUCAUGUUAAUACACUCAUAAUUAAUUACCAUAUGCUAUUUUUGUAUGAAAUUUUUUUGACAAUUAUCUGCAUUAUCAACAAUAAAGCAAUACCUUAGGAUUGACAACACGACAGAAAUAAAAAAAUAGAUGGUUGACAUGUUCAUGGUCGGUAGUAGUGGAGUAUGCCUGUUCCGUCAAUAACCUUAGACAAUUCAACAUUUUAAUACAUGUAUAUAACAAAGUAUAAAUUCCGAUGAUGAUGGGUUUAAUUUGUAUUCGUUUUCAAAGUUUUGUGUUGUUAAUGCAUUGGGGUAGUUAUAGUUCUGAUGAAAACAAUAACUUGUUUACGUAAGCAAUACUAAUUCGGUUUUGUAUUAUCCAAGGCAUGGUUUCUUUGAUGAGGCUUUAUUUCUUAUACAUGUUAUUUUGUUUUUCUUCUUUUAUCAUGUAUUGGAUAUGUUUUUCCAUGUUAUUACAUAAUACUGAAAUACAUCUGUGCAUUUAAAUACAGUAGAGCAAUAAAACAUUUAAAUUGUUUUUUCUCUUUGAUUUUGACUCGCCAAUGUAUGUUAACACGAUUGAUUUUAUUUCAAACUUUAUGACUAUGACGUUAUGUUGAAACAUUUGAAUGCUUUUGAAACACAAAUACAUUUUUCUUUGUAGAAAUUCUACUAAAUUGUCAGAAUAUUUCAUGAAACCAUCUGUUAUGUUAGUGCAGGUUUAUUUCGUAUUCAAACAUGAAAUUUGUAUGAAUAAUAAUUGCAUCUAUUUACACUUAAAGUAAAGCAAUAACAAUAAUUUCAUCUGGCAGCGAAAGUAGUUUAAACCUGUAAUCAAUAAUGUUUCCAUUGUUGUAAAUGUACAAUAAUAAGUUCAAACACAUGUUAACAAAAGUUCUUUAAUUUGUAAAACAGUAACUGAACUAAUAUAGAUGUACUUAACAAUUUUAUAUGACCUAGCGGGUACAUUUCAAUCAUUUAUUUAUGUUAACACUUAGAUGAAAUAUUUAUAAGUAAAAAUCUUCCGAGAAACAUUGUCUUUUUACAGUUAAAUUUGAUUCUGCUUAAAAGAAAAUAUAUGAUUUACGUAAACAAUAUUCCUUUGAAACAAAGCAGUUCACAAUUUUCAUUAAGAAAGAAAUAAAGAAAGAAAACAAGAAAGAAAGAAAGAAAAAAAGAAAAAAAGAAAGAAAGAAAAAUAAGAAAUAAUAUAAUUUGUUCGCCUGUUGUCAAACAAACGUACCAACUAAAAUUAUAUUUUACCAUGACAUAGUUGUAUGAUAAAUUGUAUGAACGAAAUAUAUUUUGAAUUAUUGCCCAAACUGAGACGAUUAUUAAAUCUAUCAGUCAGAACUUUAUUUUUUUAGUCAUCUGAUAGUUAAUAAACAUAAACAUAAAAAAAUAUUGAUAUUUUUAAAAUUUGUUUUAAGCAUGAAAACGUUGUUGUACAAUUUCGUUAUGUUUUAUCUUGGCUUUCAUUAAAUUAUUUUGAAG